AUGACAUCAACAGAAUCAAUAGAAUUGAAGGAUAGAACUUCCCAUGAAAGUUUCCAGCCCAGUAAGGUGAAACUUUGUGGUGAUGGAGAAGAGUUUAUAAUAAUUGGAAAUAAGAAGUAUUACAGACAUGAGUUAAUGACUGCCUUUGGAGGUACAUUGAAUCCAGAUAGAUAUGCUCCAUAUCCUGUUCACCAGUUUGGGAAUGCAGCAGCCUUGGGUCUAGCAGCUUUUGGUCUUACAACAUUUGUGCUUGGGCUAUAUUAUACUGGUGCCAUGGGAAUCGCAGUCCCUAACGUUGUGGUUGGAUUAGCUUUAUUCCAUGCUGGAACUAUGGAUUUUUUGACAGGCAUUUGGGAACUUAUCAUUGGUAAUACCUUCGCCGGAACAGUUUUGACCAGUUAUGGAUCUUUUUGGCUUGCAUUUUCGACUCUAUUCAUCGAGUCAUUCGGGAUCAUUGACGCCUACGCCGACGAACCAGAGCAGCUAGCAAAUGCUACCGGCUUGUUCCUCAUUGGCUGGUUUAUUUUCACAAUGUUAAUGACUUUAAUGGCCGUGAAAUCAACAGUUAUGUUUUUAUCCUUAUUUAUUGGGUUGGAUUUCACUUUUCUCCUUCUAGCUAUUGCUAAUUUUACUGGUAAUGCUGCAGUUUCGAAGGCGGGUGGUGUCUUUGCUAUCAUCGCUGCAGUUAGUGGUUGGUGGUGUGCAUUUGCUGGUACUGCUAAUAAGCAAAAUUCCUAUUUUACAGCUAAUCCUAUCCAAUUACCUGUUUUUGGAAGUAACAAAUAA